UGUGCCUCUCCGGGAUGCAGUCGUACUCCUACCUACGGUGAUAUAUCAGCCAUUGAUCCAGCCAUGCAAAAAGCCCUUUACUGCAAGCGACAUAAGCUUCCGCAUCAUCUGAAUCUUCGACACUUCAAGUGUCAGCAUGAGGGUGGUUGUAUGAAGCAAGCCUUGUGGGGAAAUCCGAUCGACCGUGUGAGAUUGUGGUGCGCGAGGCAUGCCAAGAGCGGUGACAUGAACUUGUCAGAGAAGAGGUUGUUCAUCACUGGAUGUUCUAGAAGAGCAGUGUACGGGCUGCUGGGAGGCAAGGCGAGGCACUGUCGCGCCCACAGGGAG